AUGUACGCCUCACUCGCUCUCCUUGCUCUUUCCGCUACCGCCGUUCAGGCGGACAACGGUGCCCUCGACCCGGGUGUGUUCAACAACGGUGACGGUCAGGUCGUUGCCAUCUACGACUGGGAGACCUACGCCCCGCCGUCGACCAACGGCGCUGGCGGUCUCGGCUUCAUUGGCAUGCAGCGCUGCUUGGACUGCGACUCCAGCCCCAUUGGCCAGCUCGCUGCCCGCCAGAAGGAUCAGGGUUGGGCUACCGUCUUCACCCUGAACGAGCCCGACAUCAACGGCAUCGCUGCCGCUGACGCUGCGGGCUGGUACAAGCAGAACAUCAACCCGCUCGCCAUCAAGAAGGCGUUCCCCGCUGUCACUUCCAGCUCGGACGCUGGCAAGGGCCUUAACUGGCUCGACGCCUUCUUCUCGGCUUGCGGCACUGACUGCUACGCUGACUACGUCAACCUUCACUGGUACGGCACCAGCUUCGACGACUUCGUCGCGCACGUCGAGGAGGCGCACUCUCGCUUCAACCAAUUCAAGAUCGUCAUCACCGAGUUCGCGCUCACGAACCCGGCGGGCGGCCAGGCCGACCAGGUCGCCUUCUUCAAGAAGGCCUUCGACUGGCUCGACCAGCAGGACUACGUCGAACUCUACUUCCCCUUCGUCGCGUCCUCGCCUUCGCUCUUCUCCGCGAACGACGCCGCGGGCGCGGGCUACGUCGGCACCGGCUCGUGCCUCUUCAACGACGACGGCACGCCCUCGGCGGUCGGCAACCUCAUGUACUAA